GUGACAGGGUGCCACCUCUCCGUGUCCUGUCUCGUAUACACCCAGUGGCUCAUGGAAUGGUGCUUCUUGUGUGGACCUUUCGAAAUUCGGAAUACAGUGUAUGAAACUGCGCUGCAUAGCCUCUGCACAAUCGUACACUGCAGACAGAGAGAGUACCGGCUUUCUGACUGAAGGUGAAAGCAGUUUCCUAGAAGGAAGCAGGAUAUUAUCUAUAUAUAACGCAAUAUGGCUGUCCAGGGAAGUGCAUGCCGGCUGUUACUUCAAUAUGUAAAAUGCCCAAGUACUAGAAGACUUUUUGUCACUGACAAGUCUAGAUGGUCAUCCACAGCCGCUGCAGCUUCUACAGCAAAACCAGACAUAGAGAAUGCCCCACUAAGCCAGGAUAAUAGGAAACCCAAAACUGGGAUUUUGAUGCUCAACAUGGGUGGGCCUGAAAAAAUAGAACAUGUUGAAGAUUUCCUUUUCAGAUUGUUCAUGGACAGAGAUUUGAUGACUCUUCCAGUGCAAAAUAAACUUGCACCAUUUAUUGCAAAGAGACGAACACCAAAGAUUCAAGAGCAGUACAGGAGGAUUGGUGGAGGGUCACCCAUAAAAAUGUGGACAUCCUUGCAAGGAGAUGGGAUGGUGAAGUUGCUUGAUGAAAUGUCACCAGAUACAGCUCCACACAAAUUCUACAUUGGGUUUCGUUAUGUUCAUCCCCUUACAGAAGAGGCCAUUGAAGAAAUGGAAAGAGAUGGAAUAGAGAGAGCUGUAGCUUUUACACAAUAUCCACAAUACAGCUGUUCCACUACAGGGAGCAGUUUAAAUGCUAUAUAUCGAUAUUACAGCAGUAAACCGACUAAACCAAGCAUGAGGUGGAGUGCGAUUGAUCGAUGGCCCACACAUCCUCUCCUUAUUGAAUGUUUUGCAGAACAUAUAAGAAGAGAGCUAGAGAUGUUUCCUCCUGAAAAACGUGAUGAUGUUGUUAUUCUCUUUUCUGCUCACUCUUUACCUAUGUCGGUAGUGAAUCGUGGGGAUCCAUACCCUCAAGAGGUGGGAGCCACAGUACAGCAUGUCAUGGAAAAGCUGAAUUACUGCAAUCCUUACAGACUAGUGUGGCAAUCCAAGGUGGGACCCAUGCCUUGGCUGGGCCCUCAAACAGAUGAAACUAUCAAGGGGUUAUGUCAGAGAGGAAAGAAAAACCUGCUUCUAGUUCCUAUAGCAUUCACCAGUGAUCACAUUGAAACAUUACAUGAACUGGAUAUUGAAUAUGCACAGGUUUUGGGGAAAGAGUGUGGUGUGGAAAAUAUCAGAAGAGCAGAAUCACUGAAUGGAAAUCCUCUGUUUUUUAAGGCACUUGCAGAUUUGGUACAUAACCACCUGAUGUCCAGAGAGUCCUGCUCCAAGCAGUUAACACUACGAUGUCCUCUUUGUAUGAAUCCUGUUUGUGGGCAGACUAAAGCUUUUUUUGCAAGCCAGAAGCAUUGACAACGUAUAGUAAAAUAUGUGUGAAAUAGACUGAAAUAAGGCCUGAAGCAUAUCGUCAAUGAUAUACUCCCUUUUUUGCCAAAAGUGUCUUUAACAACUGAAACUUUUUUUAUACUUUUUUUUUUUCUGUAUACACUAGGAAGCUGCCUUAAGUCUUGCUGUGAUCACCUUAAUAGGAAGACUAAGUUUACUGAUGGGAAUAAAAUAUUUAUUUUUUUUACUUGCCGCCUGACCAUUGAGUGGCAGUGUUGUAAAGAAAAUCAACUAGGAUGCAUAGCAGACAUCUUUUAAACACUGGAUGACGAUCUGGUUAACAGAGGAAUCAUGGCAAGCCGAUAAGCAUUGUAUGAUGAGGACAUGAAAUCAUUUCUAAUAUAACUGACACUGAAUAAUUCACUGGAAUAAAAUCAAGAAUCUCAAAAUAAAAUAAUUUACUUGACCUUUCUUUAUACUGUACAUGUAGUAAAGAAGGUUCUUCUGUAAACAUGUAUGCUGUGCAUAAAGUUCAAACAGCAGUAUGUACUGGUGCUAUUUGGAACUCAAUGUCAAUGCCUUAGUUUAAAUGAUUUUUGUAUAACAUGUUUUGACAAUGUAUCAAGUAUUUGAUUUUUUUUAAUUACUAUUUGUUUAGAUUGCAGAAAUCAUUGUUUGAAUGUUUAAAUCACCACAAACACCCGUGUGAAGAGUGUGUAUGUAUACAGUGUAUAAUAUAUAUAUAAAGGAUUAUGUUAGGGGUAUGAUUUUUAUUCUAGCUCAGAUAACAAUUGUGAGAUACAGCAGUGUAAUGAUUCAAACUGAUGCCUUAUGUUUUCAGACUCCUGGGUUCAAUCACAGCCUGUGAAGUUUGCACACACUGUCCCGGGUUGUCUGGGUUUUUUUCUCAAUACACUUGUUUCAACCUGCAAAUCUUUGAACUGUGGGAGACACUGGCUGUCAGCCUUUCAGUCAGGUUAUGACAUGGGACAAACUAGAUCAGAAUCUACAACUCCUGAAAUUUGUUGUAGUUGUCAGAUGUUCCUGCUUCAGCUAGUUAUCAAGAAUGCAAUAUAUUAAGAAUAUUUUAUUUUUGAAUAGAAAUCUGUUUUGAAGAUGAACAGCAGGCAGACAAAAUGUUUAGCACUACUGCCUCAUGGCAAAUUGAGCAUCCUAGGUUUGAUUCCUGCACCUCCUGAAUUUACUGUCUCUGUGGAGUAUGGACAUUCUCCUCAUUGCUUGUUCUCCCACAUCCUCAAAGUUGUGCUUGUUGGCUUAAUCAACAGUUCUAAAUUUGGCCCAUUUGUGUGUGUGUGUGUGAGAGAGAGAGAGAAUGGGUCCUUGCGUGCAGAUCUUCCAAGAUAGGCUUCAGCCACCAGCAACCCUGAAAUGCAGUAAGCGUUAUGAGAAUGUUAUAUCAUUGUGAAUUACAAAAUCUUAAUAAAUGUUCUUGCCUCUUAUGUCUGCUAAGUAUAAGGGUGGUUUUCAGCAUA